AUGCCGUCGGAACCCGAUCUUGUCCGAUUUUGGAUGCGAUGUAACACUCUUGUCCGCGCUUGGAUUAGCAAUUGUUUGACUGAAGAGAUCGCGGCUGGUCUACCACCUACAGAAGAUGCAGGCGAGCUUUGGGGAUUCAUCAAAGACAUGUAUGGAGCUUUAGAUCUUGCAAAGAUCUACAGCGUUCAACAGAUUCUUGCAGAGAUCCGACAAGAAAAUCUGCCCGUCACGAACUACUUCAACAAGCUUUCUGUCGCCUGGAACGAAUUGGAUGCUGUUGAGGAGUCGAUCGUUGCACCACCGGAGGUUCUCCGACAGAUCCAAUGCGCGAAGGAACGGGAGAGGUCGACGCAUUUUCUGAUGGGGCUGAAUGAAGAAUUUGUGGCUUUCAGAACCCAUAUUCUCACUUUUGCGGAAGCACCAUCACUGCGACGUGCGUAUCAUCUUGUCGUCCAAGAUGAAAGCCAGAGGAGUCUCGGUCACCAUGAAGAAAAGGGCAUGGCGGUUUUGGUUGCUUAUCAAAUGAGGGAGACAUCUGGAGAAGAUAAUGAAAUAGGGCAAGCUCAAAGUUUUAAUUUACAUAGCAAGAUGAACGGCCAGGAUGGAGUCAAGAGAUCUAACGGCCCAUAUUCGUCCACAACUCAAAAUCAAUUUGGCACCCAAGCUUUUAACAAUUUUUGUCAAGUCCCAAGCAAUUGUAAUAAUUACAAUCAACCACCCAAACAAAAGGGAAAGCUAUAUUGUGAUUAUUGCAAACAACGUAAUCACACCAAAGACACUUGUUGGAAGCUACAUGGUCAUCCUGGAUUCAGCAAAACAAAGGUAGAAGGGCCCACUGCAAAUCAAACGGCUUCAACAAGUAUGGGAGCUACAACCGGUCUUUCGUCUGAAUAA